AGAGAAUCCUAGCCCACCCAGACCAGGUGCCCCACGGCGGUGCCGGCGAUGGCAACCCGCUACUGGAUCGUCUCUCUCCCCGUGCAGUCUCCCGGCGCCACCGCGACCUCGCUUUGGUCGCGCCUGCAGGAUGGCAUCUCCCGCCACUCCUUCGACACCCCGCUGUACCGGUUCAACGUCCCGGACCUCCGCGUCGGCACCCUCGACUCCCUCCUCGCGCUCAGCGAUGACCUCGUCAAGUCAAACGUGUUCGUCGAGGGCGUUUCGCACAAGAUCCGGAGGCAGAUCGAAGACCUCGAGCGCGCCGGAGGCGUCGACAGCGGGGCCCUCACCGUCGAUGGCGUUCCCGUCGACACCUACCUCACCAGGUUCGUGUGGGAUGAGGGCAAGUACCCCACAAUGUCGUCGCUCAAGGAGAUCGUCGGCAGCAUCCAGUCGCAGGUCGCCAAGAUCGAGGAUGACAUGAAGGUCCGAGCAGCGGAAUAUAACAAUGUAAGGAGCCAGCUUACUGCAAUCAACAGAAAGCAAAGUGGGAGCUUAGCAGUUCGUGAUCUUUCCAAUCUGGUAAAACCAGAGGAUAUGGUCUGCUCAGAGCAUCUAGUAACACUUCUUGCUAUUGUUCCAAAGUACUCCCAAAAAGACUGGUUGUCAAGCUAUGAAUCACUCGACACAUUUGUGGUACCCAGGUCAUCUAAACAGCUCUAUGAAGACAAUGAGUACGCACUCUACACCAUAACACUUUUUGCUAAGGUUGUUGACAACUUUAAGGUCCGUGCUCGCGAGAAGGGUUUCCAGGUUCGUGAUUUUGAGUAUAGUCCUGAAGCACAAGAAAGUAGAAAGCAGGAGAUGGAGAAGUUACUGCUAGAGCAGGAAGUUAUGAGGACCUCGCUUCUGCAAUGGUGCUAUGCCAGCUACAGUGAGGUUUUCAGUUCCUGGAUGCACUUCUGCGCCGUGCGCAUAUUUGUAGAGAGCAUUCUUAGAUACGGUCUGCCACCAUCGUUCCUGUCUGCCGUUCUUGCUCCGUCUACAAAGGGCGAGAAGAAAGUGAGGAGCAUCUUAGAGGACCUUUGCGGCAAUGUCCAUAGUAUUUAUUGGAAAGGCGAAGAUGACGUGGCAGUUGCUGGUCUGGGAGGUGAAUCAGAGGUCCAUCCUUACGUCUCAUUCACCAUAAACUUUGUUUGAGCAUUACUGGUGUUACGCCGUCAAGUAAAUCGAAACGAUGGAAUGGUUCUGUACAUUGCUAGUGUUACGGCAAUUCUUUGUUGAUCUGUCAGCUUUUAUCUGAUCAUGUAAUUUAUAUAUUGGAUAUAUAAGCCGAUCAAUAAUGUAGCUUUUGAGGAGACUGGAAGUAGAUGGAUCACGAUCACCAUGUAAUUUGUAAAAUGGGGCUACUGUUACUGUAAUAAAGGCACAUGUCAAAUAUCUUC